UGUUUAUUACGGAAGCGGACUCGCGUAAGACGACGGUGCAAUUCAUAGAAUAGUGAAAUAUACAAAUUAACGCGGUUAUUAAACUGUCAAUACACAAUGAACGAGUUUAUAUACGCGUUUGUGUGCUAUUGACCGCUGGCGAGUCACCAAUUGUUGAGAUUUUUCACGGUUAUUGACAGACGCUUAUGUACUGUUUGCUUUGCAUUGAUACAAAGCGACUAACGAUAACUUCAUGCAGUGGAAAACAGUAGCAAAUACGACAAAACAGUUUCAGCAUAGAGUCUCGUAAGACGUACACAUAAUUAUGGACGACAAUAUCUCUUUCCGGAAUUGUUUUAUACAACUACAGAUGUUAAGAUGUAUAGUAAAACAUUAAUAAUGUGUUAAGAGAUCAAAAGUGAAAAAUUGACGCAGCAAAAAUAAAAAAAAAAAACAAACAUAUUUGUUUACAAACAAGUUUUAGUUUUAAAUGAAUUGUACAAAUACUUCAACACAUCAAUAUCAAGAUGAGACUUCCACACACGUCGAUAAGACACACAAACCUUCGGAGGAGCAGCGGUUUGACUAAAACGGGCAUAUUUUCGGCAUUACUACUGCUACCCUUAACCACAUUGUGGGGAGUUCAAGCCGCGCCACAAUUAUUUCCAACAAAUGACGACGAGGAAUUCCGUCGUAAUUAUGCUGUCGAAUACGGUGCACCGUUAAUCACACCUCUAAUGGAGGCUGUAACACUUGAAUUAAAUACCAAUUAUACAAUACGUUGUGAGGCCGAUGAGCCAUUAUCGUGGAGACUCCCUGAUGAUACUGACUACGACGAGCAAACAUUUAACACUGGUGAUCCACAACGUCCCCAUGGCAGUAUGCUAUAUCUCUUGGAUAUAUCUAGCAAAAAUUUGGGUAAUUACUAUUGCGUAAAAAAAUCAAGUAUUCCAAAUAAACUAGAAGCAAUGCAGGACGAGGAACUUGUAGAGUUGGUUAACAAUAAUAAAGCGUCCUCAAUUUACAUAUACGUUAAUGACCCCGUUAAUCUUUUGUCACAAAAUGAAUUUCCGGUCAUUAGUGCACUACAGUACCAGGAUACGGUCAUACCAUGCAAACCAACUAUGCCCGACAUAGAAGUGCUGCUAACCACGUCGCAUGGUGAAACAUUUUCCAGUGAAAAUACCGGCCGCUAUAAUCCACAGCGCGGUUUCGUCGUCGAAAUACGCGGCGUUACCGAUGGCGGCAGCUAUGUGUGCCGACCGAAAGUGCCGUCUGCAUUAAAUGAAGAGGAGGAACAAACCUUUGAGAUCUUUUUUAGUGGUAACGAACCUGUUAAUCCAUCGGAUAAUACAUCGGUGGAGGCUACAGUAACUACAAUGAAUACCACAACUACAAACGAACCAAAGCACAAUGCCAAUCAAAUCAUAUCCUUAGAAACUAAACGCAUUUAUAAACCCAGACCAAGCCGAAGCACGAAAUCCGAAACAAGUACAGUAACUAACAAAAUCAUGUCUGUCACUAACCGCAUUUUUGAUGUAGCUAAACGAAACAAAUCGCCUGUUUUGCAUAAAAUGUUAAAUAAAUCUGUUGUUGUAACAGCUGUGGAAAUGGGUGUGGAUGUUGAUCUUAAUGUUGACACAACUAAUCUUGGUGAUGGCAAUGUUGUUAAUGAAAAUAAGCGUAUCUUUGGCGUUGAAACUCAUAAUAGCAAUAUCCUAGCAAAUGUUGUGGGUAUUACUAAUGGUGACGGUUACGUUACGACGCACGCGACUACUCUUUCUGGCUAUAAAAACGCAAAAGUAGUUAACAAUUAUACAGACGACCAGCUCACUGACAUUGAUAAUAGUGACAGUAAUGUUGUUGAAGAAAAUCAUAUUUAUGAAAACGCACCACAACGUUCAACACAUUUGCGCGGCACAAAGCGGCCGCUUUUGAAACGCGCUGCGCCAACAACUAGAUGGCAUAGUUCACGAUUCCGUGGUGCGCAACGAUCGAGUACGAAAUAUAUUGAGAAACCGAUUAUAACCUCAAAUUCCCGUGGACAUGUGAACGUUGGUGAAAACUUCACGCUGAACUGCUAUGUGAAAAUCGCCUUUGAUGUUUCAUACUCAACAGAAUGGAAAACACCACCAGGUGUAGAUGAGGACCGCAUGAUUAAAACUAUACCAACAUUUAUAAAUAAAACAUCCACACAUCAAGUUGGCGAGGCAAAAUUGACAAUACUAAACGCAAAGAAAUCGGAUUCUGGUCUUUAUGAAUGCAUUUGUACGGACCAUUCGAAAAAUGUUGGACGCAACAAUUAUCAAAUGACAAUUUUAAAUCGCGAUGAGGGCUAUAUCAACAUUAGUGAGCCCUCCGGUUACUACAAAAUCGCCAGUAGCGCGAAUAAAAAGGUGCAGAUCAAUGUUAAAUAUCGCGGUUAUCCGUUCCCUACGCUUACUUGGUACAAACCAGACAACACGCAAAUUCAUCCAUCCAAAAAAUAUAUCAUCAACACCACCGACACUUCGAUAACGCUGCAAAUAGUGAAUGCACAACUCGAGGACAGUGGUGAAUAUGUGAUACGCGCCAAGAAUGAAUUGCUGGUGAAAGAGUUGAAAUUCAAUGUGAGCAUCAGCGACAAACCCAAAGUGACUGUCGAGGAUGUGUAUGUGCAGGCUGGCGAAGAAGCACAUCUGCAGUGCAAAGUGUUAUCCUUUCCCUACGCGGUAGUCUCAUGGGUAUUUACACCGUGUAGCAUAUCACCGCGUUGGCCGUCGUGCAACAAGCGAAUGGAUCAAAGCUUCAAUUCUACACUAAAUGCGCAACCAGGCGCAACGGCCGUUGAAUAUAUACAUGACCUAUUUUUUACGCCAGAAAGGCCGGGUAUUAUGCGUUGUUUAGCAGUAAAUCCGAAAGGUAAGGGUGAAGGUAAAGGUCACGUGCUUAUUGGCGACAUAAAUGACAAUAUGACCAUAUACGGUACGGAUGAGAAUAAGAAAAUUGCACGCGGUGAUGAGGUGACACUCACGUGUGCUGCUCUCUCUUAUUACUUCUCUGACGAUCUGGAUUGGUAUAAAGAUGGCGAAUUGGUGGAAGAGAACAGCGGCAAUAUUGUCAUCAGCAACUCUUCAAGCAGCUACUCGUAUCAAAAAACAUUGGUUAUCGAAAAUAUACAAGAUAGCGAUCAGGGCAGCUAUGAGUGUCGUGCACGUAAUGCAAACAAUCCCGAUAUGGAAGAAACUAAAUAUAGGAGUAUUUUUGUUAAUGAACCCUUGGCUCCACGCAUGCGGCAUACCAAUCUUGAUGAGAGUGUUAAAAUGGAGCGCAAGCUUGGCGAUGCUUUACAAUUGGAAUGCAAACCGGAUGCAAUACCAGCAGCGGAAGUACAUUGGUAUAAGGACGAUGUUGAAUUGAACAACAGCAGUUAUGUGAACAUUCUAGACGAUGGCAGCAAACUAAUUAUACAAUAUAUCAAACCUGAACAUGAAGGUGUAUACAAAUGUGUGGCUUCAAAUCGUUUGGGUUCUGUCGAAGUGAGUUCGGCGGUUAAAAUUACAAAUUUACCACGCAUGCGCGUCGGUUGGAUACUCGCCAUAUUGUUCUUCUUCAUUUUCCUCAUUGCCCUGGUGAUUUAUCUAUGUGUGCGUGUCAUGCGCGAACGAAAGCGUCUGCGUGAUUACAAAGCAGCCGGUUUGGCAAAUUUCGAAGACGGCGCUGUGGAGCAUAUAAAUCCGGCGCUGACUUUAGACGAACAGGCCGAUUUAUUGCCAUAUGAUCGUGCUUUUGAAUUUCCACGUGAAAAACUUAAAUUGGGCAAGCAAUUGGGUGCCGGCGCCUUUGGUGUGGUGUUAAAAGCCCAUGCGGAAGGCAUACGACCAGAUGAAAAGGAAACGGUAGUGGCUGUGAAAAUGGUCAAACGCAUUGCUGAUAAUGAGGUGAUGCGAGCGCUGGUGACGGAAUUGAAGAUUUUGGUGCACCUCGGCCCAAAUUUGAAUGUUGUCAAUCUGUUGGGUGCAGUCACCAAAAAUAUUGCGAAACGUGAAUUAAUGGUUAUUGUGGAGUAUUGUCGUUAUGGUAAUGUACAAAACUUCUUACUGCGAAAUCGUAAACGAUUCAUAAAUCAAAUUAACCCUGAAACGGAUAAAAUUGAUCCAACCAUCACCAAACAGCGGUUUUCGGAUAAUUUCGAGUUAAACCGUGAUGGAGUAAGAUAUGUUAAUCUGGCAUUUGCAAAUCACCAAUAUGUUAAUCAUAUGAAUAAUAUGAAUAAUAAUUAUACGGCAAAUAAUCGUAGAAAUUCCGACGAGGAUCCACGCUCCGGCACACGUGCCGGCCGUCCCAAUUCCACUGGAUAUUUGCGUCAAUCGGAUUUGUACGAAGGACAUGUGGAUAGCUGUGCAACGGAGCAGACUGUAAUGACCACAAUACCGGAGGACGAUGAUAAUGUCUUAUCAAAUAAUUCAGUGCAACCUGCUUGGCGCUCCAACUACAAACCAGAUAGUACAGAAGCAAUGACAAUUACCACAACACAGCUGGUAAGUUGGGCAUUCCAAGUGGCACGCGCCAUGGAUUAUCUGUCGUCGCGUAAGGUAUUGCACGGUGAUCUGGCGGCUCGUAAUAUCUUGCUUUGUGAGGAUAAUGUGGUGAAAAUUUGCGAUUUUGGCUUAGCACGUUCCAUGUAUAAAAGUGAGAAUUACAAGAAACAAGGCGAAGCGCCGUUGCCGAUUAAAUGGUUGGCCUUGGAGUCGCUCAGCGAUCAUAUAUUUAGCACUUACACUGAUGUCUGGUCGUUUGGCAUUGUUUUGUGGGAGUUCUUCUCACUGGCCAAGGUACCCUAUCCCGGUAUGGAUCCGAAUCAGAGCUUAUAUUUGAAAAUAAAAGAUGGUUAUCGCAUGGAGAAACCGCCAUAUGCCAAUAAUGAAUUGUAUGAUAUAAUGUUGGAGUGUUGGAGUACAAAUCCGGAGAGCCGUCCAUUAUUUAAUGUGUUGGAAAAAUAUUUCGCACGUAUGCUGGGCGAGGAUGUGACAAAUCAUUAUGUUGAUUUGAAUGACACCUAUUUGCGCGCGAACAUGGACAAUGCCAAUACCAAGCCAACUGAUUAUCUGUCGCUAAUGGGCUCACCAGACGAAAUGGCACCGGCGCCACCACGCUAUGUAAACGGCCAUAUAUUGCCUGAAAUACGUAUACAGCCAUCUACUUCCGACGACUACUUAAAUAUGAGCAUCGAAACUGGUACAACCAUUUUCUCACCGACACGUCCCAAAGAUUAUCAAAAUUCAAAUGAUGAUACAAAUACAACAACAACAACUUCUUUCACCUUCCCAGAUAAUACAGCACCGACAGCGCCACCAACAUCACAACAUUCCCCAACCUUAGUGAAUAAUCUCGAUAGUCCAAUCAAUAAGAAUCGCAAGAAGGAGGGCAUACAACCGGAGGAGAUACCAAUGCUGACGGGCACACAUCACAAUUCCGAUGAUGGCGACGAUAGUCCAGGGCAAGACCGAAAGUUCGCCAAAAACAUAUUACAACAACAUGUACGCGCUACGCCUACACCGUCGCCGCGUCAUCACAUCGCCGAGACCGAACUCAGCGGCAGCGAUAACUAUGUGAACGUGAAUUCACCGAAAAAGUUGAAUAACAAUGGUGCGAGAGCAGCGGAUGCAUUUUCCAAUCCCAGUUAUCAAAUUUUAAAGACUGUUUCGAAGGAAGUGGAUAAUAAAUGAAGGGAGGUUAGCAGAGAAUGCAACACAAUCCGGGGUAUACAGUUGAAUAGCAGCGUUAUUUGGCUAUUGCUAAUAUGCGCGCGAAUGUAAAAAUUCGAACAAACAUUUUCAUGAUUAGAUGAAUUCAACUUUUGUAGUAACUAAAGACUACUAACUAAAUUAUACUACUCUAUGUGAGGUUUAAUUAUCGAAAGUAAAAUCAAUAUUUUUUAAUUUUAUUUUGUUAUUAUUUUUGGUUAUUUUUUUUAAGAAGUUUCGUUAAAAGUCGAUUUUAUAGCUAUUAUGCUAAUAAGUGUUCAUUUUCAUAGUCAAAAUCAGUUAUAGUCAUAAGUAUUGCUUGCGAUUUUGCUUAUUCAAAGUAACUUGACAUUUAUUUUAACGGUUUUAGCUUUCCAAAUAUCAUUGAUCUUAUCGAUGAAAGCGCGCCAGCUUAAAAAACGGUAAAAUAUUACAUACAUAAUGCAUUUAAUUACUAUUAAUGGAAGCAUGAAAGGUUUGAGGUCAUAUUUUUUAUCCAUUAUUUCAUUUCAAAAUUAAAUAAUAAGGCUAAAAUUACAUAUGAACUUAAAUUUUAAAUUUUUUAAUAAAAAAAAAUUGUUCAGAAUGCUUAAAAAUCAUUUAUACUCCUAUAAUAUUAUAAAAGAAACACAAUGAGAUAGCUUAAACGCCGACUUGAAUACUUACAUAUAAAUGUAUUGCGAUAAAAAUGUUUGUUUUAAUGAACUAUCUUUAUGUAAACUUAGAUAAUUGUUGUAUAAUUAAAAUGUAAGAAAGAUACUUUCGUCAUUAAUGCCUAUACGCUGAUAGAAUAGAAUAAGUUUACAACUUACAACUACUUUAACUGUACAUAGACUACUUUUAAAUAUACUGUGCGUUUCAUACUCAUACUAAAUGUGAGCGGACAACUUUACAAUGUGCUAUAUAUAAAUCUAAUUAGUUUUAUUGUAAUAAGAUUUAAUUUUGUGAACUUGAAUGCCUUAAACAUUUUGCGCAGGAAUAAAAUCUACGAUAUAUAAAAGUUUCUAAAUGCA